AUGGGACGCAUCAUAGAGUUAUCAAAGGGCAGAGAUGGACAGGAAAGAGAAGCAGUUGUGAUCUUACCAUCUAGAAAACAGAUACGCAGACCAGUAAACCUUCUGGUACCACUAGAGUUAGAAGACAGAACCAGGACGGAGACCGAACAAGAGAGUCCAUCCCCUCAAGAGAACCAUAAACGAAUGAUGUUCGAAUCGCUCAACAAGGAAGUGCAAUACCUCGCCAUCAUUAUGAAGUGCAACACCAAGACUUCGUCAGAAGAACAACUGAUGCUUGCAAAAGAAGGAAUGAUCCGACAAGUGGAAGCAGCCGAGGCGCUGAAGAAUUAUUACACACACCUCAAAGAGGAUUUCUAA